AUGACGGAGCCUAAGAACCAACAGGUUUUACAUGAUAUCAAUGGUAAAAUUGAAAGAGAAAAGAAACUUAUCCAAGGGUUCCAAGCUUUGAAACGAAAUACGGAUAAUGGCGAGGUAAUUCAAAGAUGUAAUAACCAAAUAAGAGAGACACAGUCUAAUAUAGAUUACCUUCAGAAAACAUUGUCUAAACUUUCUUUACAGAAAAGUGAGGCUGAACUGCGGACGAAGGAAGAAUCAAAUGAAUCGGGUAAAAAACCUGUAUAUUCAAGGUUUGAUUUAAUCAAGUAUGAUUGCCCUUCGCUUGGGCAUAGGAUUCUGUACAUGUUGCAGCAGUUGCAAUUCAAAUUACAGGUGGAAAACCAGUAUAGAGAAGCCAACGAAAAGAUUUCUCAUUUAUACAGAUUAGAUGGUGAUAAAUCGAGUAGUAUUGUUGCUGACACUGGCCGCUUAGAGAGUGAUCAAAGGAUCCAAUUACUUAACAAGUCGUUAAAAAGAUACCAGGACAUGCACAUUGACGUCGAAGAUGUGACUCGUGAUAUGGAGAUUAUGAAUACUCCGAAAUAUGCGAGUAAGGCAUUUAGUGGUAAAUUAAACAUUAGCGUUACUUGUAUCAGGGAUAUUGAUCAUAUUGCUUCCCCAACUUUUUCAAAGAGACCAGAGUCCGUUGUUUCUAUCAAAAUUGAUGACGUUGAAAGGGCCAAGACUCGUGGUACACGUUCAGGUAAAUGGAAUGAAGAAUUUCAUAUUGACAUUGAUAAGGGAAACGAAAUUGAGUUUUCUGUGUAUGAUAAGUCUGGUUCAGUCUUAGUGCCAGUAGCUGUUACAUGGGCAUUGCUUUCUGACAUAUCUGAAGAGAUCCGUAAGAAAAAGGUUGCUCAAGAAGUAGGGAGUGAAGGCUGGGUGUUAGCUUCUAACUUGCCAAAUAACAAUAGCAAGCAGCACAAUGAUAAUUAUCCCUCUGGCUCAGAGUUCGGAGCAACUUCAAAUACAACAUCUACAUUUAAUGGUAGCCCUAAGAAUUACAAUUCCAACAUUCCUAGUAAUAUGGACUCGCCUGUUUCUGGUGAGACGAAGCAAGUUCAAAUUAAUACGUGGUUAAGUUUGGAGCCAGUAGGUCAAGUUCUUGUUAGCGUAAGCUUAGAUAAAUCAAACCAAGCAGGGAACAGACAAUUUAUGGGAGCCCUUGGUCGUCAUGGUGCUAUUCGUGAGAAAAAAGAAGAAGUAUUCAAACAACAUGGACAUCAGUUUGUUCAAAAACAAUUCUAUAAUAUUAUGUGCUGUGCAUUUUGUGGAGAGUUUUUACGUUACACUGGAUUUCAAUGUCAAGAUUGUAAGUUUCUUUGUCACAAAAAAUGUUUUCAAAAAGUGGUUACAAAAUGUAUUUCUAAAUCAAGUAAUGAUCUUGAUCCAGAUGAGGCGAAAUUAAAUCACCGCAUUCCACAUAGAUUUGAUCCUGUUACCAAUCAUGGUACAAAAUGGUGUUGCCAUUGUGGUUAUAUCUUGCCAUGGGGACGUAAAAAUGUCCGUAAAUGUUCCGAAUGUGGUGUUAUGUGUCAUGCUCAUUGUACACAUUUGGUUCCAGACUUCUGUGGUAUGUCUAUGGAGAUGGCAAACAAAAUUCUCACUACUAUAAAAUCAACAAGAACUCCUGGUAAGCCAUUACCACCACCUCCGGCUGCUCCUCUUGCUGAUCAACCGAAUGCAUCAUCUGAGGCAUCAAAAUUUUCAAGCUCGACAUCAGAUUCUAAAUCAGAUACUUUACAGAAUAUUUCCGAUGAUGAGCAAGAGAAAUAUUACGCCUCAAGAUUACCAACUGAAACUAAAAAUCAAUUCCAAAAACCAAUAGAAUCGCAAUAUAAACCAACUGGUAGACGUCCACCACCAAAUGAUCUCUCUAAGGAAUCUACUAAUGACUUAGAUCAAGAAAAAUCAGAAUCAUAUGACCAUGACUACACUUUCAUGUCCUCGAAAUCGGAAGAAAUGAAACAUGGCGAUCUAGACAUUCCAGAAUCUAGAGGAACGAAGGAAUCUAAUGAGCCUAAUGAGCCAACUGAUAUGCAAAUUGAUAACCCAUUUGCAAACCCAAUCGAGAAUGAUAAGUCCCACUUCGAUAAUUUCGACUAUAAUAAUAAUAAUAAAAUUAUGGUGCCAGAGAUUCCUCAAAAACCAGAACAUAAAGAACCUCAGGCAGAUUAUCAAACUCAACAAAAGUCUGAAGUACCCCAAUCAAAAGGAGCUGUACCACACAAGCCAAAGCGUCGUAGAAGAAAGAUCGGCUUGGACGAUUUUCAAUUCCUUGCAGUGCUCGGUAAAGGUAAUUUUGGUAAAGUCAUGCUAGCUGAGUCAAGACACACACAGAAUUUAUGUGCUAUUAAAGUCUUAAAGAAGGAUUUUAUUGUGGAGAAUGAUGAGGCUGAUAGUGUCACUUCUGAAAAGAGAGUAUUUUUGACAGCUAAUAAAGAAAUGCAUCCAUUUUUAUUGAAUUUGCAUUGCUGUUUCCAAACUGAAAAUCGUAUAUAUUUUGUUAUGGAAUAUAUUUCAGGUGGUGACUUGAUGUGGCAUAUUCAAAAAUCUCGGUUCUCUGCAAAGAGGGCCAAGUUCUAUGCCUGUGAAGUCUUGCUUGCUUUAAAGUAUUUCCAUGACAACGGUAUUGUCUAUCGUGAUUUAAAAUUGGAUAAUAUCUUAUUGACUACGAAGGGCCAUAUAAAGAUUGCUGACUAUGGUUUAUGUAAAGAGAAUAUGUGGCAUAAAAGUACUACUGGUACGUUCUGUGGUACUCCUGUAUUUAUGGCACCUGAAAUCAUUGCUGGAAAACAAUACGAAAGAAGCGUUGAUUGGUGGGCAUUUGGUGUCUUAUUAUUCCAAAUGUUGUUAUGUCAAUCGCCAUUUAAGGGUGACGAUGAUGAUGAAGUUUUCAAUGCUAUUGAGCACGAUGAUGUGAAAUACCCAAUUAGUAUGCCUCGUCAAACUGUAUUGGUAUUGCAAGCCUUGUUGACAAAAGACCCUGCUAACCGUCUUGGUAGUGGUGAAAGAGAUGCAGAAGAAAUCAUGGAACAUUCAUAUUUCCAAGAUGUCAAUUUUGAUGAUAUAUUGAAUUGUCGUAUCCAAGCACCAUAUUUGCCUGAAGUUUCGUCGGAACAUGAUUAUUCGAACUUUGACCAAGAAUUCACUUCUGAAACCCCAAGACUAACACCAGUGGAGACUGUUCUUACAUCUGAAAUGCAAGAGCAAUUCCGUGGUUUCUCGCACAUUUCCGAUGAUGCGGCCAUCUAA